AUGAGUCUAGGCAGCACCAGUACAGAAUCUGAAGUUUCAGAAGAUGAGUUGGAGGAUUGUCCUUUGGGUCAGGAUGACGACUGUAGCGAUGCAAAGAUUCGUUCAGAGCACUCGGUGUCAUCCAGUGACACAGAGGACCUCAGAGCGGUCAAGAGGCGUACUCGACCCAAACGCUCCAAAGCACGGAGAGCUGCAGCCAACAUCCGAGAACGGAAGCGGAUCCUAGACUACAACCAGGCCUUCAAUGCCUUGCGCACUGUCCUCAAACAUGACCUUAGUGGAAAGCGUCUCUCCAAGAUUGCCACUCUCCGCCGUGCAAUCCACCACAUUUCAACACUGUCUUUAUAUCUGCGGACGCAUUCAGACAAUGAACCACACGCACCUCCAUGUACUCAUACGGAGUGUUACCACCAACCAGAAGACAAUAUUUCUCUGCCUAGGAAGGUGGGAACUUUCCAGGAACCGAUGGACGACUACAUUCCCCAUCAGCCAGAGCCUCUCACAGUUUCUCCAGAGAUACCUGGGAUCUUGUACCAGGAUAUAUCAAACUCUAUACCAACUCCACACUACACCCACUGCACAAACAGUCACGGACGCUUCAGUCACCACUGGGAGGACCAAAGCAGUGAUUACUACAAUGGAGGACCUGGAUGUCAACCUGGGACGAAGGUCACCUGUCAUCAGAACCAUUUGGACACUUAUGCAGACUCUGCUAACCCGUCUUUGGCUUGGCAGCUGGGUUACCUUCAAUAUCACGGAUACCAGCAAUCCCUGAGUAUGCACUGA